AUGGCGGCGCUGGGAGGGGGCGGGGGUUGGAGAUUAGGCGCCCAAAUCCUGGUCUUGUCCUUGGAUUUUAAAAAGAAGAAGAAAAAAUCCCAGAUUGUCUAUUGGUCUCCUCCUGAAAACUAUAAACAGGAAUUCAAGAAAAAUUUUGAUUUCUUUUUUGAAGGAAGCUCUGUUUGGGAGGUGUACCACGCAAUAAAGUCAUUUACAAACCUUUUGAAGAUGAAAGAGCUCCAUGCAACUCAGUAUAGCCAGUUGUUGAGAAGGACAGAUAUCACAGGCCCCUUAAAGAAUGAGAGUUCCAACCUGGUGAUGGUUGAUGGUGUAGAAUGCUGUACUUUCCUGAUUGCUGAGAAACUUGGAUGGCCCUCUGUGACUAUCCUUACUAGCACAUUUGGAGUUACGAAUUUUGGGCUGCCUGAGUCUGUGCUUUAGGCGCCAGCAUUCCUCUCCUCCCUUACAGAUCACAUGGAUUGGGGGCGAGUGAAGAAGUCUCUGAAGUGCCUAAUUUCUGCCUUGAGGGGAUGAUAUAUCAACGCUCAGUUUGAUAGCACUAUCAGAGAACAUUUCCCAGAAGGCUCCAGGCCAGUGUCAUUUCAUCUUUCACUGAAAACAGAGCUGUGGUUUGUUAAUUCUGACUUUGCCUUUGAUUUCUCCUGCACCCCCCCCUUACCCCCCCGCCGCCUUCCUAACACUGGUUAUAAUGGAGGUUUAAUGGCCAAACCUGUUGAACCAAUGCCUCCAGUAAAUGAAACCUUCAUACUCCAUUUGGACAUAUUCUGGUACAAAUCAGCAGCGGUGGCCGCCAGCACCAUCAGGCGCUCCCACCCCCUGACCCCCGCCCAGCGGCUGGUGGGCUGGGUCAACCACAUCCUCCAGACAGGGGGAGCGGCCCACCUCAAACCCCACGCCUUGCAGCAGCCCUGGUAUGAGCAGUACCUGCUGGACGUCCUCUUAUUCCUUCUGGUGGUCGCCCUGGGCACCGUGUGGCUCUGUGGGAAGCUGCUGGGCCUGGUGGCCAGGUGGCUGUGUGUGGCCAGAAAGCUGAAGGAGGCGUGAGGCACAGUUCACCCUAGGGGUGGUGUGAGAGGGGGCAUUGCGAGCCAGUGGCUCUUUGAAGACUCCCCAAGCAUAGGCCAGCCCUGGUGUCUUCCCUUCACCCCCAGUUGACAAUGGCACACAAAUUGCUCCUCACUCUUUUCUGCCUUGGUUUAUAAAGUAUUAUGAGACAAUCUUGUGGUGGCUCAUCCUGCAGUCUGUAGCCUCCUCUGCUUUUUUUUUUUUUUUUGACUUUUUGUCUCCCUUUC